CCCAUACCUUGUAGUCCUGUUUAUAACGCGCAUGCAGUAUAAAUAGCGUGUCUCUAAAAGCAAUCCAACAAGCAGCAGAGCAAGAUGUCGAUAUCAACUACGCGCGUUACUCUUAAUAAUGGCCAGAAUAUGCCUCUUUUGGGGCUUGGAACCUGGCAGAGUGACCCGGAGGAAGUGAAGACGGCCGUCCGGACCGCCAUUGAUUAUGGAUACCGCCUCAUCGAUACAGCUUACAACUACGUCAAUGAGGACGCGAUAGGUGAAGUCGUAGAGGAGGCUUGUAAGGCAGGAAAAGUGAAGAGAGAGGAAAUGUUUAUUUGUACUAAGCUCGGCGGUAUCUACACCCGACCUUCGGAUGUUGCACAUUCUAUGUCCGAGAGUCUGAGAAAACUUCGGAUGUCUUAUGUUGAUCUAUUCCUGAUACACGGUCCUAUGGCGUUUAAGAAACCAGAGGAUCCUAACAAUGUUUUUCCCAUGAAAGAUGGCCGUCCGGACUUUGAACAAAAGGUAGACAUUGAAGGUGUUUGGAAGGAAAUGGAAAAACUCGUCGAUCAAGGAAAGACUAAAAGUAUUGGCAUAUCAAAUAUGAACGCCGCACAGCUGGAGCGAAUUCGUAAGAUCGCACGCAUAAUGCCCGUGACGAACCAGGUUGAGUGCCAUGCCUACUUUCCUCAGACAGAACUUGAGAAGUACUUGAAAAAGUAUAACAUGCCUAUCAUGGCUUAUGGACCAAUCGGAUCGCCAGGAAGAGAAGCUUUUAAAGGUAUCGAUAUCGGUAACGAUCCAGCUGUUCCUGUGUUGUUGCAAGAUCCUGUUAUUGCCAAACUUGCCACAAAAUAUAAUAAAACUCCUGCUCAGAUCCUUUUACGGAACUUACUUCAGAGGAACAUCAUAGUCAUUCCUAAGAGUGUAACACCAAGCAGAAUUCAAGAAAACGGAAACGUGUUCGACUUCCAAUUGACACCCGAGGAUAUGGACACAAUUGCAGGAAUUGAUAAAGGACUUCGAUUGUUCAAAGCCGAAAUAAUGGCUCAUUUGGAUGACUACCCAUUCAACAGUCUUGUGUAACAAGAUUGGUUUGACUUCAUUCGAAUUAAGCAAAGACAGAUGAUUGUCGGAUUGACAAUACCAUCCUGUAGUCUAGAUAAUUUUAAAGUCAUGUGUUGUGAAGUAUUAUAUUUUGAAAUAAAUCCAUAAGUUCUCAACAUUUGAUCAAAAUAUAAAUCUGGACAGAAAGGGAAGAUGGAUAUAUGUUAAAAGAUACUAGCAGCUGUGGAUAAGUUGAGAUUACGUUAAACAGAUGACCAAUAACAUGAACAAAAAUUAUGGGACUAAUAACUCUAAUGAGGGUUUUGUACAUCUCUGUUUAUUAUUCAUAUAGUUGCAUAUAGUUGUACGUAGCUGCAACAUGAUACAUUGUUACAAUUUGGAAACUUUAUUAUAUCAUUAUAAUGACAAUCAUAUAAAAUAUACAUAAAACAAUUUCUUCCUCAUGUUGAUUCAUUUCAAACCUGUGUGCGUGAAUAUUGUUUCGCUAAUAAAAAUAGUAAAUGAAAAAAAUGUUUGUUUAAUGCGGCUGAUUUGACAACACUUCUAACAAUCACGUUGUGACAGCUACACGUCUUAAGUAUACUGGCGUACACUUUACAUGUUGGAAUUCUGUGUAAUGUAGUCAUUGCAUCGCCAAAACAGAUUUGGGGAUAUUUUUUAAUUUAAAAAUAUGUUACUGUUAAUACAGAUGAACUGCAGAUGAUACAGAUAAGGAAAACAGCAUUAACAAAAUGGUAAGACAUCUGGCUAAGCUUACAUCAGUCUUUUCCCAUUUAAUAUCUUAUAUCUACUUAUAUUAAGUUGUUAGAUUUAAAUGUUAAACAGGAGACAGUAGGACAGCAAAGAGAAAAAGCAAGAUGGUUUGUACAAUAAAAGAACUUAUAAUCUCUCACUCUCAUACUCCAUACAUACUUGCCAUGCAGUUAGAGAAACAAACCACCAAAGAGACAAACUGUGGCUAGCAAAUAGUAAAUAAAAUAAAUUGAAAUACUAAUAAGUAUUGCUGGAAUCAACCAAAGGGAGAUAAUCAAGAAAAAACUGCUUAACUUAGUAUUGUACUUUAUAUUUGGUAGAUUUACAACUUAAUAUACUAUUUAUAAUAUGGAAACUAGACUUGUUUGAAGUAGGAUCUUGUAUGGUUGAUCCUUUUGCUAUUUGUUUCAUUGAAAAUACCUAUGACAUCGUGUAAUAGAUAUGAAGAUUUGAAUAUCCGAACAGAUUGUACACAAUAAAUAUUAUCAAGAGGACAUUGAAAACAAAGUGUAUUACGUGUUCUAUAUUGGCACCUCAGGUUCAUGGAUAGUCAUCAACCGAUCAGACCGAAUAUAUUUUUUUGUGUAAAAUAUUAAACAGAAUUGUUUGUAACGGGCAAGUUUUAUUAUUAAAUGAGGAAAAUAUGGAUGGAUAGUAGUAUGCUAUAGAGUAAAAUUUACUGUUAUAGUUCUAUUUUGCUUGAAGAGGAUUUUUCAUUGGAUAGCCCGUGCAGUGAUUGAGUACAUUCUCCAUUAAGUAUAUUACCAGGUGCAUUAGUGUCAUGGUCGUUUUCUGCAAUAAUAUAUAAAAAAAAAAACUUGCAAAAUCUUUGAUAUUUGAAAUUACAAUAUUUGUAAUC